AUGUCGGCGGGGAGGGCAGUGGCCGACGAUGAUGACGGAGCGGCGCGAGGCCAUACAGGAGCUGAGCGCAGUACCAGAAACAUCUCUGUCUCUCCCCCCGAUCUUAUGAUGACUGGGUCCAGUCACAGCCUAGAGUCCAUCAACCCAGGCCCCAGCCAAGACUCUGGCCUGCAAUCUUCUCAUGGCUCUAACCCCAGACCCCUGCUACCUGGCAUGGAUGUCCAUAGGAAGAGAAAGGGCAGCACAGAACAUCCGGAAAGCUCAGGUGCUGUCAUGGAGGAUUCGGCCAAAAGGACUGAAGGAGAUGAGCAGCAAGCCAAAAUCAAAUGUCUCAGGGAGCCUCACAGCCAAAUAGAAAAGAGGAGGCGAGACAAGAUGAAUAAUUUGAUUGACGAGCUGUCAGCCAUGAUUCCUUCCUGUAAUCCACUAGGCCGUAAACUGGACAGGCUGACAGUGCUAAGAAAGGCUGUGCAACACCUCAAAUCCCUUAAAGGGACGACCAGCUCUCUCACUGAAGCAGCUCGCAGGCCUUCAUUUCUCCCUGAAGACGAACUUAGGCACCUGUUGCUGCGCGCAGCUGACGGUUUCCUCUUCGUUGUGAGCUGUGACCGAGGAAAGAUUCUCUUUGUUUCUGACUCCAUUUCGAAGAUUCUACACUACAAUCGGCUGGACCUGAUUGGACAGAGUGUGUUUGAUUACAUACACCCAAAGGACAUUACUAAAGUGAAAGAGCAGCUUUCAAGCUCUGAGCUCUUUCCUCAAGAGCAGCACACUGAUACCAAAAGUGGGUCACAGAUGCAGGGAGAUCUCCCUCAUGGUGGAGCUCAACUGUGUACUGGUGCACGUCGCUCCUUUUUCUGCCGUAUGAAACAGAAUCGCAUGAAGAGUGAGACUCUGACGCAACCAUCCACCUCCAAGAGGAAAGACUGGCAGAGGUACUGUACAGUCCAUUGUACUGGCUACAUGCGCAGCUGGGACACCAGUCAGCUUGACACCGAGAGUGAGGACCUGGACAAACACACCUCACAGUUUAACUGUUUGGUAGCGAUUGGCCGCAUCCACUCCCACUCUGUUCAAGCAGACAGCAGCGAGGUCAACGUCAAACCUGCCCAGUUCGUCACACGCUAUACCAUAGAUGGGAAAUUCACCUUUGUUGACCAACGAGCCACCACAGUUUUAGGAUAUCUACCCCAGGAGCUACUGGGGACAUCCUGUUAUGAGUAUUUUCAUCAGGACAACUUGCCACAUCUCGCUGACAAACAUAGAAAAGUUUUACACAGCACAGAGAAGAUUGAGACUGACUGCUACAGAUUCAGGACCAAACAGGGCUCUUUCAUUACUCUCCAGAGUCAGUGGUUUAGUUUCAGAAAUCCCUGGACCAAAGAGGUAGAGUUUAUCGUCUCCACCAACACGGUGGUGUCGGGCCACAGUCAUACCACAGGGGAAGGCACUUCAGCAAAAAGACCUGAACAUUAUGGCAUGAACGAAGAUAAAGCAAAGCCAUCUCCUUCCAUUAUUCCAACUAUGAGGAGCACAACGGGCACCAUGAUCUAUGCCAGCAACAUUGGGACACAAAUUGCCAAUGAGCUACUGGAUUUCAACAGGAUAACUUCACCCCCAUCCAGCAGUCCUCCCACUGCCCUACAGGGAGAGGUGGAGGAGCACGUGGAGCAACAGGACCAGCAGCAGGCCCACCUCACAUCAGGUAUGGAUGGAAAUCUCAUUCAAGAUGAAAGCUCCCAUUUGGACCUGGAGAGAUUGGUGAGCUCAGGCCUCAGCAACGAUGAGGCUGCGAUGGCUGUUAUUAUGAGCUUCUUGGAGACGGAUUCUAACCUGAGCCAGACUUCGGUGACCGACCUCGGGGACAUGCACUGGCCUCUAUAGAGAUACAGGCA